AGUUUGAAUUCCUAUCUAUUACACCUGACAAUAUUACAGUAUCAUGGGAACUUAGUAUUCCAUAUAUCAAUAGUACACUUAUUCUGAGUAUCACUGAUUCACUUCAAACAGUUAAUGAAACAAGUAACGUUACUGAAUAUGACAAUGUAUACAAUUAUACUGAAGACCUCUCUUCUUGUAACGAAUAUACCUUUAAACUGGCACUGCCCAUGUCAAGUGGAUGUAAGGACAGCAUCAGAAUCAUAUCAACAGCACCAAAACCUGACAAUGUAUCUGCAUUAUAUCUAACCAAUGAAACAUUAAUCAUAAGAUUUCAAAUAGAUGAGAAGAUUACAAAUGCAAUAAAGUUAUUUCUGUUUGCAGCUAAUGGACACAUUAAUACAUCAGAUCCAUUGGAUAUUGAUAGCGUUCAAUACAUUGAUGAGUUUUAUAUUAUACACUGGAAUAUAAAACUAAAUGAUCAUUCAUUGUAUUACCUAACAGUAUCAGCAAUUGGUACGUAUGGAACAAGUACUUCUGAUCAUGUAACUGAAAUAAAUACAUAUAAUGUGAAGGAUAUAAUUAUAGAAAGGAAUGAAGAUAUUGUCUGUUUUACUUGUGUUACUGAAGUGUUCAAUGAAUGUCAAUUAAUGAUAGCAACACUGAUACCACAAUCAAUACAAACUAAUGGAACAUGUUAUUCAUUUACUGAUAAUGGAACAUACACUGUAUAUGCACAUGAUGUUGAGAAUGGAAUAAAGAUACUGACACCAGCAAUAGUUAUUGAAUACACAGUUGACUGGAUUGAACCAACACAAACUACUACUAAUAAUAUUGACCAUCAAAGUCAAUUACAGAUCAUUAUUAUAAUACUGGGAGGUCUCCUUGGACUCACAACACUUGCUAUUCUCAUCCUAUCACUAGCAAUGAUUGUAAUACUGAGGAAAAAAGUUUUAUUCCUUAAAAUGGUCAGUUCAUUUAUAGCCUAA